AUGCGCAUUCUUGUGACUGGUGCCGCUGGCUUCAUUGGGCAGAUUGUAGCCCAGGCACUCCUAGAAGAUGAGGCCAACCAGCUCAUUCUCACUGACAUCAUUGAACCGCCCAUCCCACGAGAUGCAAGGAACCCGAAUCAAGCCAGAGUGGUGAAGGCGGAUCUCUUUGAGGCCGCCGCAAGCGUUGUCGACAAUAAUCUCGAUGCCGCCAUACUCCUCCACGGCGUCAUGUCAAGCGGCGCUGAGGCUGAUUUCGAAUUGGGAUACCGCGUCAAUGUUGAUGCCACGCGAUCAGUGCUCAACUGCCUGACGAAAGUGUGUCCUGGGGUCAGAGUUAUCUACGCUUCUAGUGAGGCUGUCUACGGGAGCCCGGUACCAAAAAGCAAUGUCACUGAGGCGGAUAUACCAACUCCGGAGUUAUCAUACGGGUGCCAGAAGAUUAUCUGCGAGACGUUUAUUAACGAUUAUACGCGUCGGGGCCUGAUCAACGGCUUCUCGCUCCGCUUUCCUACCAUUUCUGUGAGGCCCGGCAAGCCCGCAGCAGCUGUUACUUCCUUCCUCUCUGGAAUCAUUCGGGAGCCAAUGAAUGGGCUUCCGUGUUCUAUACCCCUAACGGAUCGCUCCUGGCGCCACUGGAUGUGUUCGCCGAAAACCUUGGUACACAACAUCCUCGUCACGCUCAGCCUUCCCCGAGACGCGCUCGCACCGCACCGGAGAGCCGUUAAUGUCCCCGGGUUCGCGGUGACAGUGCAGGACAUGCUGGACGCGCUGGAACAGGUCGGUGGAAAGGAAAAGCUGGUGCUCGUGAUGGAGGAGGAAGUUCCGGAGCUGAAACCUAUUCUGUAUUCCUGGGCUGACGAUUUCGACAACAGUCUUGGCUUGUCAUUAGGAAUGAAGCAGGAUAGUUCCUUCGUCCAGUCAGCACUUGAUUACAAAGAAACACUUGAGAGGGAGACUUCUAGACGUAAUUAG